AUGAGGCACGCCCUUCGGAACACCAUCCACGCCCUCUACUUCGCCUUGGUCUCCGGCAGCAGCAGGGAAAGAAAGUCUCUCGAGGCCAGUAAAGGAAAUCACUUGGCAACACGUACACAACAUGCAGACCAAUUCAAGGACUUCAACGGAUACACAUUACGGCUGGCAGUGAAGUCCUUUUUCCCCUUCGCCAAAUUCGUACCGGAUACCGAUAGGCCCGGGACAUCGGUCCAGUUCGUCGACUGCCUGGAAGUCCGGAUGCUGCGGGAAAUGGCUAGGAAACUGAACCUAACGUUCCGGGCAUUUAUGUCCGUGGACGACGAAUGGGGCCAACCCAUCGGCAACGGGUCGUGGACGGGUCUCGUAAACGCCCUGAUGCGAGAGGAGGCCGACUUCGGAACGUGCCUCUUCCCGUCGGCCAAGAGGAACACCGUCGUCGACUUCACCAGGAUGUAUGCCCCAGAGCCCUUCCUCAUCGUCACCCACAAACCUCAGCGCCUGCCGCAGUACCUGGCCAUCAUUAAGCCCUUCACACUGACCAUGUGGGUUGCCAUAGUCGCGAGUAGCAUGGCUGUCGGCGUCUCCUUGUGGAUCCUACACAGAGGAUGGCUGAAGCUGUCCACGCUGAGGGCCCUCGGCAGGGCGCGACCCACGGACGCCCCUGAGACAUCCAGCAUGACAUAUGCCAUUUUCUACACUUGGGGCCUCCUCCUCCAGCAAACUCCGUUCCAGUAUCCUACGGACUCCUACAGCAGGAUAUGGUUAACCUGCUGGAUUGUAUUCAGUUUCCUCAUCUCUACUGUUUACAAGUCUGCCCUGUUUGCCAGUCUGUUGGUGCCCCAGAUGAGCGAGCCCAUCGACUCCAUACCCCAACUCCUAAAGCAGCGUGGGUGGACGUGGGGCAUGGAGCCUCACUACAGCGUGGGCUGGCAGUUCCUGACGGAGAGCACCAACCCUGAUAACCAGAAGAUUGCGAAGGCUUUGGGGGUACGGGACAUAGCAGAGGAAAUGAAGCUGGUGAGCAAAGGGAAACAUGCUUUUUUCACCUGGAAUAAUUAUGUGAAGAGUUUUAUCGCAGCUGAGUACACUGAUCGAAAUGGAUACACUCCUAUGUACAUCAGUCGGCAAUAUUACCUGGAGACCAGCGGGGCCUACUGGGGUACUCGUAAAGGAGCACCUUUCCUGCGUACAAUUAUUGACAUAAAGCAGCACCUAUUUGAAGGACGCAUUCUAGAUUUCUGGCUGAACCAGAUAUUUCGAAGGACAACCAAACUUGCAAGAGACAAAAAUGGCCCCAGUUCCUAUAUCCAGGACGACGGGAUGCAAGUAGUACUAAAUUUGAACCACCUUCAGGGAGCCUUCUACGCCUUCUUCCUCGGAAUGUUACUGGCGGUGCUGGUUCUGAUGCUGGAGUGCUUCCAGAAACUGUGUUCGCCAGACAAGUAAGAAGGUAAACCAAGAUACUAGCAUCAUAGCAUGAUCAUGAUGCCAGAUCUUUUACACUAACAAUGUUCAUGAGCCUUGCUACUGCAGGGAAAACAAUUUCAGCUACUGCAAACCUCAGCAUCCAAGUUUUUGCAAGAGAACUGACCACCAAAUCCAGACAUUGGCAAGAUCAAGAUAUCUGCUAAUGCCAAUAAAUUAACUAAGUCACAAGAGCUGACGAGACUGAGUUUAGUUUAUGAAAUAUAGGCUGUCAUGCUAAGCACUGGGGCACUACCAGUGUGACAACCAGGCGGUUCAUACUGGUAAGGUCUAGUCUAGAUGUCUGUUAUUGGCAAGUAAUCAACAUAUGAAUCACAGAUGCUGUUAACAUCAAGACUUCUGGAACCUGCACAGUGGCGAGAUCAAGAUAUAUGUGGCUGUCAAGUUAUUAUUAAUCCUCAACACUAUAUUCUGAAUCAUUAAUUCCACGGGUCAUACUUGCAUGUCAAAAUAAAAGAUGAAACUGAAGACUGCUUUUCACAACCUAUUACUCCAAGCAUAUAAGCCAAAUAGAAACUUUAAUUAAAUGGACUGUCUUACAAAUAGAAAGCGUAUGCCAGUAAAUGUAUACUACUUUGUUUAAUUGCAUUAUAUGUUGUGGUGUGGUUAUG